AGCCAAAAUCUGCCGUCUGUGAGUGUGAGCUGCUGCGGCUUCAGAGCACCAUGAGCCUGGACAAAGCCGAGCUGUGUGACUCCCUGCUAACCUGGUUACAGACAUUUCAGGUGCCAUCAUGCAACAGCAAGCAGGACCUAACAAGUGGAGUGGCCAUUGCACACGUCCUGCACAGAAUAGACCCUUCUUGGUUUAAUGAGACGUGGCUAGGCAGGAUCAAGGAGGAGAGCGGGGCCAACUGGCGCCUUAAGGUCAGCAACUUGAAAAAGAUCCUUAAAAGCAUGCUGGAAUAUUAUCAUGACGUGCUCGGUCACCAGGUGUCAGAUGAGCAUUUGCCAGAUGUGAACCUAAUAGGAGAGAUGGGUGAUGUCACCGAACUGGGCAAGCUGGUACAGCUCGUACUGGGCUGUGCCGUCAGCUGUGAGAAGAAACAAGAGCAAAUCCAGCAGAUAAUGACACUUGAGGAAUCUGUCCAGCACGUUGUGAUGACAGCCAUUCAGGAGCUGUUAUCAAAGGAGCCGUCAUCAGAACCAGGAAGCCCGGAGACCUAUGGGGACUUUGACUACCAGUCCAGAAAGUAUUAUUUUCUAAGUGAGGAGGUGGACGAGAAGGAGGACCUGAGCCAGCGUUGUCGAGACCUGGAACAUCAGCUGUCGGUGGCUCUGGAGGAGAAGUCGACCCUGCAGGCAGAGACGCGCUCCCUGAGGGAGAAACUGAGCCGCAGCGACUCCCUGGACGCCUCCACCACGGCCAUCACCGGCAAGAAGCUGCUGCUGCUGCAGAGUCAGAUGGAGCAGCUUCAGGAGGAGAACUACAGACUGGAGAACAGCAGAGACGACAUGCGUGUGCGGGGAGAGAUUCUGGAGCGCGAGGUGACCGACCUGCAGCAGCGUAACGAGGAGCUGACCAGCCUGGCGCAGGAGGCCCAGGCCCUCAAAGACGAGAUGGACAUCCUCAGGCACUCGUCUGACCGGGUGAACCAGCUCGAAGCUCUGGUGGAGACGUACAAGAGGAAGCUGGAGGAUCUGGGGGACCUGCGCAGACAGGUGCGCCUCCUGGAGGAGCGCAACACCGUGUACAUGCAGCGCACCUGCGAGCUGGAGGAGGAGCUGCGCAGGGCCAACGCUGUCCGCAGUCAGCUGGACACCUACAAGAGACAGGCUCAUGAGCUUCACACCAAGCACUCAGCAGAGGCCAUGAAAGCUGAGAAAUGGCAGUUUGAGUACAAGAACCUUCACGACAAGUAUGACGCACAGCUGAAGGAGAAAGAACGUCUCAUCUCGGAGAGAGACACACUGCGGGAGACAAACGACGAGCUCAGGUGUGCGCAAGUCCAACAGAGGUGUCUCAGUGGAUCUGGAGGCAUGUGUGACGGUGAUGUCACAGUGGGAAACCUCGCCGCGGAGAUCAUGCCCACUGAGCUCAAGGAGACGGUGGUGCGUCUGCAGAGUGAAAACAAGAUGCUGUGUGUCCAGGAGGAGAGCUACAGGCAGAAACUCGUGGAGGUGCAGGCCGAGCUGGAGGAGGCUCAGCGCAGCAAGAACAGCCUGGAGACUCAAAACAGAUUGAACCAGCAGCAGAUCUCAGAGCUGCGUUCUCAGAUCGAGGAGCUCCAGAAAGCGCUCCACGAGCAGGACAGCAAGACUGAAGACGCCAUCUCCUCCUUACUGAAGAAAAAGCUUGAGGAGCAUUUGGAGAAGCUCCAUGAAGCCCACUCAGACCUCCAAAAGAAAAGAGAAGUCAUCGAUGACCUCGAGCCCAAAGUGGACGGCAACAUGGCGAAGAAGAUAGAUGAACUCCAGGAGAUCCUGCGUAAGAAGGAUGAGGACAUGAAGCAGAUGGAGGAGCGAUACAAGCGCUAUGUGGAGAAGGCGAGAACGGUGAUCAAAACCCUGGAUCCUAAGCAGCAGCUGGUGCCUGCGAGCCCUGACAUUCAGGCGCUGAAGAACCAGCUGACAGAGAAGGAGAGGAGAAUCCAGCACCUGGAGCAUGACUAUGAGAAGAGCAGAGUGAGACAUGACCAGGAGGAGAAACUCAUCAUCACUGCAUGGUACAACAUGGGGAUGGUGCUGCACCAGAAAGUCUCCGGUGAGCGGCUGGGUCCCUCCAACCAGGCCAUGUCCUUCCUCGCCCAGCAGAGACAGUCCACUAAUGCCAGGAGAGGCCUGACGCGACACCACCCGAGAUGAGACGUCCAGGCAGGAGAACGCACAUGCUGAACCGCAGCAUGGAGAAGACGAGGUGACCUCCAGCAGACUUCACCUGCAUCCUUUGCCUUAACGCCUUCCCUGGAUCGCUGCACCUCAGAGAGGAUUCUCAUGCUGCUGCUGCCCCCUGCUGGCUCUUAAGGGUAUGAAACAGUUUUAUUUUUUCUGCGGAGCCUCGGAGGAGUCUGUUUUUAACUCUGCUGUUGAUUAGACUCAGAGUGAACUCACAAAUAACAGAGAAAAACAGAGUAGACUCACCUUUUAAGGUGACUUUUAUUGACUCUUUAGCCUUGUGGGCUCAAUCCUGUUCCGUUAAGGUCUGUUUUAGAUUUUUUUUUUCUUUUAUGUUAUACAGUAGGAUGUAAUGUGAACUAGUUUUGACAAAGCUACAGUUCACAUGUAGUAGACGAGAGAGGACUUAUUAGGGGUUUUACAUUUACUGCUCUAAGUGCUAAAGAAAAGCCACACAGGUUACAGACUGAAAAUGACAUUCAGCCGUUAGCACAUCUUGGUUUUGCUCAUAUGUUUUGAAUUUUCUCGUAGCUUUCCUUUUCGUCGUCUUGAUCACGUGUUUUGAAGUGAGUUUUUCUGUUUUAAUUUGAAGGAACUCAAACCAGACCAUUAAGAGUGUGUUGAUGGCUUUAGUCAUUUUUCCCUUUAGUAUUAUUUUUUCUUUAAGCUUAAUUUUCAUUACUAGAAUUACUUUAAAAUUUGCAGGAAACACCAAAGCACUUUCUUAGAAGGGUUGGUUUGUUUAGUGCCUCUCACAAAAUUUUCCCUCUUUGGAUGAGACUGAAGUUUAAAGCAUUCACAGUGUCAAGCCCCCUUUCUCCUCGUCUCAUUUGGCACAGAUAAUAUUGACGAUACUCUGAUAUUUUUCAACCUGGACCCUAUUUUGUCAUGUUAUUGUGUCUAAGUGACUAAUGGGAGCAACAAUUUUUGAAAUUGUUCUGGUAUUGAGUGAGAACGCCGGCAGUUUCGAAACUGACUGCAAUUGAAACUACUCUUGGCAGCUGAGCCCGUCAGUUUACGCCCACUAAAAGUGCUUGUUUUAGUCACUGACAGGUUUAAAUUGUUAUGAGUGUGAUGACUUUACGGAAAGGAUCCUACAGAGAAUUUUUUUCUCGCCCCAUACUUUCACUUUGUUGCAGUCUGUUUUUCGUCCAGUUUUGUUAACAAGAAGUUACAUUCUGAAAUCUCACUUGAGGUGAUGCAGGAAGAAAACAGGGGAAACAUUAAGACUUGGAGAAAGAGUUUGUAGUUUUGGUGUGCGGAAAGUGUAUCUUACACUAAUAUGAAACAUUUUUAAAGUCAUGGCUAAAUUUUAGCUGUUUUAAACAAUGUGAAAAAAGUCUUUGAGAUUUCUUGUUGGUGAGACUUGAACAGACCUGAACAAGCAAAAGGUACGGAAAAAUUUUCACUUUCUCAAUCUUUUCUGUAAUUUCGUCAGACACUUCUAAUAAUCAGAGACCGUCAGCGGCAAAAACAAUCAUUUUCAGUGGAUGUAGAUUAACGGGGGUUGCAUUUUAGCUUAUUUUGCCGCUGGUGGCUACAGCACUCUGUCUCAAUACUGGACCAAUCUCAAAAGUUAAUUGUCCCCAUCAGUCACUUAGACAGAAAAACAUGGAAAAAUAAGGUUCAGGUUGAAAAAUAAUGAAGUUUCUCUUAACCACACUGCAGGCUCAUUUUCAUAUAGCUGCUAAUAGUGUGACUUCUGCAUCUGUUUUUUUCUUAAUAAUCUCUGAAUAUGAAUUAUUAAGUGAAGAUUUUUUUUUCCAUCCUCUUCCCAAAGAUUGAAACAGGGUGUUGGUUGUGGGUAGGACCUAAUUGCACGCACCACUUUAGACUGAUGUGAAUUUAGGCUAUUAAACGCCUCCUUGUUUAUCACAUAGACUGGAAAACCAAUGCACAAUGUGAUUGCGUUCAUAAUGGUAAAAAAAAACCACUAAUAACAAUAAUGACUCAGCUAAUGGCUGUUGACCGCUGCUAGACCUCAUUAACAGUUUGACCGAACUGGAAGGAAAUGUGUUCAUCAAUAAGCUGGAAUUCUUAAGUCGUCUGUUUCCAGGAAGUCGGAGGCAGUUAUUUUCGUUAAGCCUGUAAUAGACGAAACAUUUCUCAACACUACUUCUGCCUUUGUCCACUGCCGGUUAGUUUUUCUUUUCAGCAGAUGUUGUCAUUUAGUCCCGUAUCAGAGCUACUGUUUGAAAGGCUUCGUCCCUGCGUGUAUGUUUGUGCUAUGGACUACUCAGACCAGUGUUCACACUUUUUUUCUUCUGAUGUUUCAUUGUUUGAGUUUAUAUUUAUGGUGUUAAGUCACUACUGCACAUGUGCAUGGCUUGAAGGGGUUAACUUUUAGGUUGUCUGUAUCAUAAAAUGGUCUAGUAGAUUAUAGCAUAGCGUAUGUUGCACAGGGAUUUGAGGCAAGUUAAACAUUUGUAGCCCUGUCUGUUCUACUUUUGCACAACAAAUAAAAUGGAUCCUAAGAGAAA